UUGAUAAUGAAUAUUGAUGAAUGCAUUUGUAAGGAACUUGUAUGUUUUAUGUAUACAUAUAUUUAUUGAAACAUGUAUUUAUUUAUAAUUAUGGCAGGUUUGGUACUUCAUUGGUUUAUUGCGAUAAGGGUCUGUGGGUGGAGUAAACGAGCAGGUCUGGCUUACCCAGGAAGAAAGUGUUUCUUUAUUUUCAAUAGAGGAACUUACUGGGCAGGCUGCAGGGUUUUUCGUUUCAGUUUUGUAUAUUCUGUGUUUUUAUAAAAGCACAUGUUUUUCUCCCUGUUCUUCUUCUGUUUGUUAAGAAAGAUACAAGUUUGUGCCAGCGACUGAAGACCAGAAAGGAUAUAGGCUUGCAAUUCAUGUUAGCUUCACUAUGAACCCUUAUCAAGUGGAUCUUGAAUAUGAGUUUUAUUGCAGUGGACCAUACUUAGAUUCCCUGACUGAUGAAAGUGAUGAAGGCAAGAUGAGGCUUGUGAAUGGCUCACCUUGGCACCAAUGUGAAUGGCUGAUAUUGAACCUGGCAGUUGCAGACGAGGCCCAGGACUGCAGCCGUGCAUCUCUGGAGAUGGAGACCUUGGGGAAAUGCACAGAUAGUCUAGUUAUUCAGAUGAAGGACAGGCCAGAUGAGGUGGAAACCAGGGAUAACCCCUCACAGACCAACCCACUGAGGAGGAACCACUGGUCUGCUGCCACCCAGAAAGUCCUUUCCUCCAUGCCCAGUCAUGCUGUAGGACGGAGUCAAGUAGCCAUCAUCAGCCAGGGCACACAUUGUUCCACUCAGCCGUGCAGGACCAGGCAGAGGGUCCAAAACCCUAGGAUCUCCACCAGCACCAGCAUGAACAAUGUUCUGUCAGACUCUGAAAACGGAGGCGAAGAGAACAAGAAGGAGCAGCUGGUGAAAACCCUGCUGAGUCUGUCAGUGAGAGAUCGUGUUCGUCGCCUCCGUGCUAUGCCUCUCAGUCUGGCUGCCAAAACUGAGCUGAAGAAACUUGCGGUGAAUGAUCAAGUGGGAAACUCCCUCUCAAGCAGACAGGUUCCUUACUGUGAGUGCCUCAAGGUUCACAUUGUAAAGGCUUGUCGCCAUGGCACGUACAGCUGCCUCCCCUUCCUCAGUUCUCUGCAGUUGGGGCAGGGGGCGCUGAAGAGGCUCGGCGGUCGUUUUGGCACAGGAGUGCUCUCCUAUUUCCUUUUCCUCAGGACCCUUGUGCGCUUCAACAUUCUCCUUUUCCUUAGCGUCGGCGUGUUCCUGGUCCUCCCCCAGGCUAUCCAAAGUCCCUACCUCCCCCCCAGCCAGCACGGGUACGGGAUGGAGCUUCUUACUGGGACGGGUUACCUCUCGACCAGUGUGAUGUUCUAUGGCUACUACACCAACUCUACCAUCACCUGUGGACACACUGUGACUGAGGAAGGCAGCAAUGAGCCAAUCUGUGCCAACCCUCUGAUGUUGCCCUAUAACAUACCCUUGGCCUAUUUCUGCACAAUUGGGAUUGCUUUCUUUCUCACCUGUGUCAUACUUGUCUACAGCCUGUCCAAGUCCUUUGGGAGGAGUUUUAGUGUGCUCAAGUCUCACGCAAAUUUGGCACCUAAAGUGUUCUGCUCCUGGGAUUUUAAAGUCAUUAAGAGGGCAUCUGUCCGACAUCAGUCGGAGAACCUCAGGACUCAACUGAAGGAGUCACAGCCCUCAUCUGACCUGAAUACAGCAGAGGAUGUUAAGCACCGUUUGGUGAAAGAAGCCAGCCUGCUAAUCAAGCCAGUAUUGGUGUCCUGUAUUAUACCUGGCGUCUUCAACGUAGUGUCCUGGGUGGAGAACUAUGACUCACCUAGCUUGUGCAUCUAUGUAGCCAUCUUAAGGAAUCUGUUGCUGAAGGUGAGUGUCCUGGGAGUGCUAUGCUACCAUUGGCUUGGACGGAUACCGGCAGAGUUUCAUGGCAAACAGUGCUGGGAGACCAUUGUUGGUCAAGAGCUGUAUCGCUUGCUGCUCGUGGACUUCUUCUUCACUGUGCUUUACACGCUGUUUGGAGAAUGUCUGUGGAGGCUAUUUUCUCAAGCCGUGUUGAAAAGUAGGAGGAAACCGGCUUUUGACAUCGCUCGCAAUGUCCUGGAACUAAUCUAUGGACAAACACUCACCUGGCUAGGUGUUCUGUUUACGCCAUUACUACCAGCAGUGCAGAUCAUGAAGUUGCUGUUAUUGUUCUACAUGAAGAAGGGAAGCCUGAUGGUCAACUGUCAGGCUUCCCGGAAACCCUGGAGGGCCAAUCAGAUGAGCACCCUCUUCAUGUCUCUCCUCUUUUUCCCUGCAUUCUUGGGCGCUGCCGUGUCCGUGAUAUACACCAUUUGGACGAUCAAACCUUCUCCAGACUGUGGGCCCUUCAGGAACCUCAGCACCAUGUUCCAGUCUGGCAGACAGUGGGCCAAGGAGAUGGGGAAGAACCACCCUAGCCUGGCAUGGCUUCAAUGGGCCCAGACCUACCUGGUGGAGAACCUUCUCAUCCUGUUUUUGGUUGCAGGGGUCUGCCUAACGGUAAUCUACCUUCACAUGCAAAUUUUAGACGGCCAGGGAAAAAUCAUCGGACUGCUACAGGAGCAGAUAGAAAAUGAGGGGAAAGACAAAGCAUUUCUAAUUACAAAAGUGCAGGCCAUCCAUGAGGAGAGGCAUCCUCUUCCCUCUUCUAGCCAUUAACCUCAGGGCAGAGCGGCUUGAUGAUAAUUUAAACUUUUAGACAUCACUCACUGCACAUCCAUAACCAUCAGAGGCCGAGGGCAUCCAAUCAGCCCAUGACAUCAAACCCAUAGUCCACCUGUGUACAUGCAAAACUAUAUAUACAUACAUUUCCUUGUUGUCCAUCUGCAGGAAGUCCAAUCAUUAUAUGAUAGUGUAUUAACGUUUACCUUUUAAUUGUGUAUGUUAUAAACUUAAAAAAAAAAAAUUAUAUGCUGAUUAAAUGGUCACAAAGCAUGUUCAAAGUUUUGGUCGUAAAAUAUCCUGAUGGUGAUGUUGAGCAUGUUUACUUAAAGGCCUCUUUGAAUUACAGUUGCUUUUUGGUGUAACAUCAUUAAACAAUGAUUUAACACAA